ACUUCAGUUAUGAAUGACAUACAUCAUUACUGGAAUCAUGGACCCAAGAAGUAACUCUGCGAAAUAAAUAUUAUGAUAAUGAAGCCGUAGUAUAAAAGAAAAUCAUAUAUUUUGAUUUAAACAUGACUGAAAACUAUGAACCACAUCAGUAAUUAUGCAAGUGUAAAUAAGACAUAUUUAUAUAAUGCAGUGUAAUUACUCAAAUCCUUUGUAUCAAAAUGCAGGUUGCAAUAUAGAUCCCUUCACUUUUGGCAAACCUCCGCCGUGUCCCAAUAUAAUAGGUGAAGGUGACGUAGCCUCGGUCAUCUUUCCUGAUGGCACCGUUCAGUUAUACUUUAUUCCCGCUAAUCGCCAAGCCGCAGGGUGGCCGCGGUGUCCAUUUAAUCCUAACAUUGCACAAUUAAAUAAUCUCAAUUUUAGUACAAAUCCAGACGUUUGGAUUGUAAGGAGCAUAUCUCAUCCAUUUACAACAAGUUGUUGGAAUAGAACGAUACCCAGCGUCUAUGGCGAUCAAUUACAACCCAUACAAAUAAAUUCAAACUUCUGUUCAAAUUCACCCCCUUAUCACUAUUAUCAAAAGUUCCAUAACGACAAUUGCACGUCUACGACAGAUAUUAAAUACUUUUAUCCAAGAUUAAGAUGCGAUGUAAAGUUGAAGUACUCUGCCGAGGUCCAGACGGAACCUUUCAGGAUCUGUGACGUCAUUAAUACAAACGAGAGGGAAUCUCAAGGGCAUUGCUGUUGUAAAACUCAGGAUGUUAAGAGUUUAAAGGAAGAAAGGAACACGUGUUACUGUUCAGGAUCCAGCACCAGUUAUAUGUCCAUAGAUUCCUCGAGUAAAUCAAAACAUAGGUUACGGAAAAAGAACAAGAAAAAAACAAAAAAAUCCAAAGCUAAAACCUGCGAGUGUGACGAGAAAACCAAGUCCGAUAAAUCUGUAACGACUUACGCCGAUUGUGCGUGCGGCAGUGCGGCGAGGGACGGAGCGCACACACAGACGAAUAAAAAGACCAAAUCUAAACGAAAAGACACGAAAACUGAUUCAUGGAUCCCACUCGAUAGUUGCAAGUGCGAUUCAUCACUAAGAAUAUGCGAAUCGGAUUACAGUUACUAUGGAAAAUGCUCCUGCGACAGCACAUCAGACGCCGGCGGUAAAUAAAACAAGGGCUAUUGUUUUUAUAUAUAUCUUAUUAUACAUUUAUCCCUUAAUGUUACACGUAUUUACAUUUCGAAAACAAAAAAAAAAAAAAACAAAACGAGAUUUUCAUUUUAAGCUUUACCUUUAUUACACAUGGAAUCUUACCAGAGCAACCAUCUUCAGUCU